CAUUGGAUCUUAAUAAGCAGGAUGGACAUGGUUAGAUCCAACAAUCAGAAACGAAUUAGUACAUCAUACGUCGAGAUACUUUUUAUUGAACUGAAGCGAAUCUCUAACAAAACAGAGCACACGUUUACAUAUAGAUCAUCCCUGCGUGAGAGGAUUGAGAACCAGCCCAGCCAACCUCCAGCACAUCGCCCUGGCUCUAUGAGAGUUGCUUGCGAUUUCAUGCCUAUCCUAGCCAUGCUGCUCCUCCUCCUCCUGCUGCUCCAGUCCACGAUCAUGGUUGAUGCCGGUACGAACUCCUCAGCUUGCCUUCCAGGCCAUGCCGCGGCGCUGCUCCAGCUGAAGCGAUCCUUCAACACCACCGUCGGUGAGUACUCCGCCGCCUUCUGGUCAUGGGUCGCCGGAGCAGACUGUUGCGGCUGGGAGGGCGUCCGGCGCGGCGACGACGACGGCCGCGUCACCUCCCUCGACCUGGGCGAGCGUCAACUGCAGGCCACAGCUUGUGACGACGCACUCUUCAGACUCACUUCCCUCCGGUACCUGGACCUGUCUUGGAACGACUUCAGUGAGUCCCAGCUCCCAGCUACCGGCUUCGAACUGCUCACCGAGCUCACCCACCUUGACCUCUCCAACACCAACUUCGCCGGCCCGGUGCCCGCCGGCAUCGGCAGCAUCACGGGGCUGGCCUACCUUGACCUGUCCACCACAUUCUUCGAAGCCGAGAUGGACGAGGAUUACAGCGUCAUGUACUACAACUCAAACACGAUGUCACCGCUCUUCGAGCCGAGCUUGGAGGCCAUGCUCGCAAACCUCACCAACCUGGAGGAGCUUCGCCUGGGCAUGGUGAACCUGUCCCAGAAUGGCGAACGGUGGUGCGACGCCAUGGCUAGGCGGUCCCCGAAGCUUGAGGUUAUCAGCAUGCCGUACUGCUCACUCUCCGGCCCCAUUUGCCGAUCGCUCUCGGAGCUGCGUUCACUUGCAGUGAUCGAGCUGCACUACAAUCAUCUGUCCGGCCCAGUUCCUGAAUUCUUGGGCACUCUCUCCAACCUAAGUAUUCUUCAGCUUUCAAACAACAAGUUUGAAGGAUGGUUCCCUCCCAGUAUCUUCCAGCAUGAGAAAUUAACAGCCAUUAACCUCACCAAAAAUCUUGGAAUCUCCGGAAAUUUGCCCAAUUUCUCAGGUGACAGUAGUUUACAGAGUAUAUCUGUCAGCAACACCAACUUCUCUGGCACAAUUCCAAGUUCUAUCAGCUACCUCAAAUCUCUGAAGGAGUUGGCCCUUGGAGCUAGUGGAUUCUCUGGAGUGCUGCCAUCUUCCAUCGGUGAGUUGAAAUCUUUAGAUUCGCUAGAGGUGUCUGGGUUACAGUUAGUAGGAUACAUGCCAUCAUGGAUCUCAAACCUGACUUCUCUUACUGUUCUUAAGUUCUUCAGAUGUGGCUUGUCUGGACCCAUACCAUCUUCCCUAGGGUACUUAACAAAAUUAACAAAAUUGGCACUGUACGAUUGCCAGUUUUCAGGCGAGAUACCUUCAUUAAUAUUUAAUUUGACUCAGUUGCAAACCCUCCUGCUCCAUUCAAACAAUUUUUUUGGAACAGUGGAACUAACCUCAUACUCGAAACUGCAAAAUCUGUCUGUCCUGAAUCUCUCAAAGAAUAAACUAGUUGUGACGGAUGGACAAAACAGUUCAUCAGCACUGUCGUAUCCUGGUAUUAACUUCUUACGUCUAGGAUCUUGCAGCAUAUCUAGCUUUCCUAAAAUCUUGAAGCAUCUUCCUGAGAUUUCUAGUCUUGACCUUUCAUAUAAUCAGAUUGAAGGUGCAAUACCUCAGUGGGCAUGGGAGACCUGGACCGCUGACUUUUUCUUCCUGAACUUGUCACACAAUAAGUUUACAAAUAUUGGAACCAAACCUUUACUUCCUCUGUACAUUGAAUACUUUGAUCUCAGCUUUAACAAUUUUGAAGGAGACAUACCAAUACCCAAAGAAGGAAGUGUCGCUCUUGAUUACUCGACCAACCAGUUCUCAUCUAUGCCGCCGAAUUUUUAUACUUACCUUACAAAUACAGUAAUUUUCAAGGCUUCCAGCAAUAACCUCAAUGGAAACAUUCCACCAACGAUUUGUGGUGCAAUUGAGAGUUUACAAAUUAUUGAUCUCUCUUACAACAACUUGACUGGUUCAAUACCAUCAUGUCUGAUGGAGGAUUUAGGUGCACUACAAGUUUUAAGUCUAAAAGAAAAUCAGCUUGCUGGGGAGUUACCUGAUAAUAUCAAGGAAGGUUGUGCAUUGAGUGCAAUAGAUUUCAGCGGCAAUUUCAUUCAAGGCCACUUACCCAGAUCACUAGUUGCUUGCAGGAAUCUGGAGAUUCUUGACAUUGGAAACAAUGAGAUUAGUGACUCCUUCCCAUGUUGGAUGAGUAAACUUUCAGACCUUCAAGUCCUGGUCCUCCAGUCUAACAAAUCCAUUGGGGAGAUAUUGGAUCUUUCAGACAAUAGGGAUGUAAACAAUUGUCAAUUUCCAAAGUUGCGGAUCGCCGACAUUGCAUCGAACAACUUCAGUGGAACAUUGCCUGAAGAGUGGUUUAAGAUGCUCAAGUCCAUGAGGUCCAGAUCUGAUAACCAGACUUUAGUCAUGGAUCAUCUGUAUUACCAUCAGAGGUACAAGUUUACUACUGCAGUAACAUAUGAAGGCAGCCACAUCACAAUUUCCAAGAUUUUAAAAUCACAUGUACUCAUUGAUGUCUCAAACAAUGAAUUCCACGGUAACAUCCCUGCUAGCAUUGAGGAACUUGUGUUGCUUGAUGAACUCAACAUGUCUCAUAAUGUCCUUACAGGGCCAAUUCCAAAUCAAAUUGGCAAAUUGAACAACCUUAAGACAUUGGACCUCUCUUCAAAUAAGCUUUGCUGGUGA